GAGAGAGAGAGUGAGAGAGAGAACGCUUCAUGUUUUUUUUUUUUUGUAUGUAAGAUCUGUACGGUCCCCAACCGAACUUCAACACCCAACUUUCUUCGACUACCCCAAGGCCGGUUUUCCUCCGCCUUCGUCCAGUCUUCCCAGCUUCAGCACAGAUGUGUAGAAGAUGAAAGACCAGAAACCGCCUCAUCUUUCUGUGCUUAAACGCAUUUUGAUGAAUUGUUCAGCACAGGCAAAAGAGUAUGGUUGCUGUGUUUCUGCAAAAGUUCCAAAAGUUGAACAGAAUAUGUGUGCAAAGGAGUUUAUUCAGCUAAAAGCAUGUAUGCAGAACACGCUGCGACAUAGGUCCUGAAAAAAGAACAUCAGGUUGGAAAGUUAUCUCAUCAGGCAGGUUGUGUGGUUUUAUACUCUUCAUAAUUUCUAUUUAAGGUUGCUGGCUUAAGUUCAAGAACCAUAUUGCUUGUAAAAUUCAAGGGGAGAAGCAUGUUUACCAGAGGAUCAGUUGCACAGCCGAGGGCAGGAUUGACUGCUUCUGGUGCUCUUUCACAUGCUUAUGUUCAAUAUCCACCUUUAAGGUGCACUGUUCCUGGAGCCAAAGGUUUGUUCUAUGAUGAUGGGAAUAAACUAUUGUUGUCACCAACAUCUGACCGGGUCUACGUUUGGCAAACUGGGUUGGGUGCUAGAUGUGAGCCUCCAAAUUCAGAUUCAAUAAAUGAUGGGCCUGUUUUGUCCAUUCGGUAUUCCUUGGAUGGAAAAGUUAUAGGGAUUCACCGCUCAAAUCAUGAAGUUGAAUUCAAAAACAGGGAAACUGGUGCAAUCUUUUAUGGCAAAUGUAAGAGUGGAUCUGAAAGCAUACUUGGCUUUUUCUGGACAGACUGCCCAACCUGUGAUGUUGUGUUCAUAAAGACCAGUGGUCUUGACCUUUAUGCAUGUGAGCUUGAGUCUAAUAUGCUUCGAUUGGUGGAGACAAAGCGACUUUAUGUUAGCUGGUAUGUUUACACUCAUGAGAGUCGUCUAGUUCUUCUUGCUUCUGGGAUGCAGUGCAAGAGCAUAACUGGAUAUCAGUUUUCUGCUGCCGGAAUUAUUCACUUGCCAAAAUUUGAAAUGACAAUGACAAAAGCUGAAGUCAACAAAAAGCCCAUCUUAGCUGCAGAAGAUGUGCACAUUAUUACUGUUUAUGGUAGAAUCUACUGCUUGCAAGUUGACUGGAUGGCCAUGCUGUUGCGCUUUUAUCGUUUCUAUCGUGACGCUGUCAUUCAACAGGGUUCCUUUUCAAUAUAUUCAACCAAAGUGGCUGUCAGUGUGGUCGACAAUGUGCUUCUUGUUCAUCAAGUGGAUGCCAAAGUGGUCUUGCUCUACGACAUAUUUUUGGAUUCCCAAGCUCCUGUGUCUGCUCCACUUCCUCUCCUAGUAAGAGGUUUACCUGUAUCAAACACUGGUCCUUCUCAAGCAAGCAGCAAACAGGAAGAACCUUUAUCUGAAUUCAUAGAGGAAAAGACUAACAGUGAUGUGGGAACAGUUUAUGGAGAAAGUUGGAACUUUCUUGUCCCUGACCUCAUAUGUGAUGCUGCCCAUGGUACAUUGUGGAAAAUUUCUUUGGAUCUAGAGGCUAUUGCUACCAGCACCUCUGAUGUACCUUCACUUCUGGAGUUUCUGCAACGGCGGAGGUCUGAUCCAAGCAAGAUAAAGGAGCUGUGUGAGGCUUUGAUGCGUACCAUGGUACUAGAAAGGAGGCCUGUGUUCAUGGUUGCCAGGGCAAUGGAUGUCCUUACUGCUUCAUACAGUCACGCUGUGAAACUAGAAGGUUCUUUGAAAGGUGGUGCUGGGAUGGUGUAUUCUGAAAGAUCACCUUCUUCUGAACAAGAUGGAAGAACAGUCCAGGCUGUGGGCAGUGCUAAUAUAUAUGAAAGGCGUGGUAUGUUAACAAGAAGUGGUUUUCAGGGUAGGAUCCUGGAAACUGAUCCUCUUAAUCCAAACCUAGAACAUGACCGCCGUAGGCUGUCAAUGUCUUCAACUUCUGAUAAUGACGACAACCUAAAUCUUGAAAUUCUGAAUCUGAAAUCUGAGGAACCUCUUCAAAUGCCUUUGUCCAGUGGUCUUCCUGGCCCUAGUACUAAGGAUCAUAGAACAAAUAAUAUGGAGGCUGAUGCUAUUUAUAAUGAUUUUGAAAGGACAUCCUUGCAACCUGAAACAAGUGGAACUCAAAGGUCUUUAGAUGCUAGUCCCCCUGGUCUAUCAAAAUCUCGAAUUUCUAGUGUAGCAAUAUCACCAGAAGAGAUGUACACGACUGUUUUUUCCCUUGUUGAGGAAGAGAUGGUUGGUGAUCCUGCUUACCUGGUUGCCGUUAUCAUGGAGUACCUAAAAAGUACUGCUAUGGAAAAACUCAAGGUCCCUCCUGAUCUUUAUGUUCUAACCAUACAACUUCUUACUCGCAAUGAACACUAUGCUGAACUUGGCCAGUUUAUCCGAAAUCAGGUUUUUGAACCCUCAAAACAAGUUGCUCUACAGUUGCUGGGGUCAGGCAAUGAGAACUUUCCUAUGCACAAGCUAGGUGUGGAUAUGCUAAGGAAAUUGUCACUUCAUCAUGAUUAUGCUUUGGUUUUACUGCGUGAUGGUUAUUAUCUUGAAGCUUUGCGCUACAUAAGGAGGAAUAAGGUUUAUACAGUCAGACCUUCAUUGUUUCUUGAAGCUGCAGUUGCCUCUAACAAGCUGGAGCACUUAGCAUCUAGUUUACGCUUCUUCUUGGAUUUCAAGCCAGAUUUCAGGAACUCAAGUGAUUAUAAUACUUUCUCCAACAUCCUAAAUGAGAUGAGUUCUUCUGUCAAAUGAGAAGAUGCCAAUGAUACUGCUUUGUGCCCAUCAUGUAGUUUGAAGUUGGAUCUCUUGGAAAAAUUGGAUCUGAAGAAGACAAAUAAUUCAGUUAUUGCAUGUAACAGCUCCAAUAAAUGGUGAUCUGUAAUUUUUUCAAAAAACAUGUAAAGAGUUGAACAAGUGGCUAGAAAGUAGGUAAAAAAAUGAAAUAUUUAAAGUUUAAGUUCUUUCAAAGAGCAACAUGGAUGUCAAUAUGCUACUAAAUAAUUUUUUUUAUGCCUUCACACUAGGUGAUUGUUCUGCUACUUCUUGUUUCAUUGUCAUUGCACGCCUAUAAUGUCUUUUCUGUUUA